GUCCUUGGUGGUGGUGGUGGGGCCUCCCCGUAGCGCCCCGCUUCCUCCUCAGCCGAGCAGCUCUGGAAGCCCCCGACCCGAGGGGCUGUGCGGAUCUCCGACGGCAGGGUGAGGUCACAGAGCCGGGAGCGUUCGGCGCGCGGCGCGUGUCCUGGAGACCGAGCGCCCCGCCGGCCGGAGCAGGAGAAGCGUAGCCAGGUGGCUAGAGCCAAGUCGUUCCCAGGACAGCGGAGUCUCCUGCCGGAGGUGGCCGGUGGCGAAUAUGGCGCUGGCCGCUAGGGGUGCCGUCCCCGCCUGCCUCCUCGUCCUCCUCGCUUCCUUGCCCAGCAGGAACACUCAGAUUAGGCCCCAGGGAGAACCAGGCCCAGAUGUGAACAGUUCAAUAAAUUCAAAAAAUAAUCUUAAAGAAAUUAUUAAAUUACUUGAUCACCGAAUCCAAGUUCUGCACCAAAAGAAUUUGAUGCAUGAACAUGAACCCUCAGAGAAACAGCACAGAUCAUUAACUGUACACUUGAAUGUGGUCAAAGGAUCCUCUGUAAAAGUGAAGGCAACUCCUAGUAGUCUAACAACACAAGAAAUCCCUUUUCCCAAUAGCUAUACAGUACUGAUUGGUUACAAGCUGCACAAGAUUUCCCCAAAUAUCCUUGUGGACACACCAGUGAGACCUAAUAAAGUGAAGGGUGCAGGAACCGAAGAAGAAAUAACUUUGCUUCCUGGCUUGAAACAGGACAAAAAUGCUGGUAAUAAUGAUGGCAAAUCAGUAAGAGCAACUAAUAUCACUGUAAGAUUCCUUUCCGCUGACAAUUCAAGCAGAACUGAGAUUGACAUUUACAAUUUAAAAGAUUCAAGAGAAGUCCCUGAAAUUCAUGUUGUAGCCAGCAACAUUAUGAACCAAGGCAUUAAAACUGAUACAGUAGUAUUAAAAGGCAAUGGUUUGCAAGUGGUAGUAAACAGUUCAGUGGAUAAUAAUGCGAAGCAUAUUCCUGAAAAAGGGAGAAGAACAGCCCUGAUAUUACCUGAUCAUGGAAAGACCACUGCAGAUGGCAGUAAAAGAGACCAUCCUUUCACAGCUUUCAAGCUAGUAAAAGCUGCCCACUUGGAAAAACCUGCAAGCCAGUCUCUGGUUUAUGAAGAUAUUAACCGAAAAGCAACAAGUGCACUCAAAGAUGAAGGUUCACAAAGCAUAAUGACAACAAAAACAGAAACUUCUGUAGAAGAACUAGAAAAUAUACUAACUGAUCUGAAGAUGGAAAGGGUGAAGCAAGAGACUCCAUCCACUAAUGAGAAAUUGCAGUCUUCAGUAAUGGAAGAUAUUCUUCAGGAUUUACAGGAACAUCUAGUUCGUAGGCCUUCCACCAGUGACAGCGAGGAACCAAUGCUGAUGGACAAUAUUUAUUCAUCAAACGAACUUGAAGACCCAGAAGAAGCAGGUUACAGUGAAGAGAACCACAACAUGAUGACAGCACCUGUCCCAGAAGAGGCAGAUUUUCUGCCGUUCACAGACGAACCACCACUCGAAGCAAUCUCCGUCCCAAAUUUGGUUACUGAAGUGACAAAUGAACAUAUGAAUAAUGCCCAAAGAUAUGAAUUCUUUGAGAAAUAUGAAGGUAUUCAGGGCAAGAGAAAAGCAAAAGCUGCAGACCUUAAAGACCUGCUAAAGCACAUCAUCAUAGCCUGUGUAGCUGUCACUGGUUUGAUCUUGACUGUAAUAGUUGUUGUGCACAUAUACACUUCAUUAUUUGUGAAGAAGGAGCAGGAACCUGAUAAAACAAAUGCUGACAAAAAAGGUGGACCUGACAAAAAUGAAGUCACAUCGGCCGAGAAAACCAGAAGCCAACAACCACAUUACAAUGUUGGCAUUGAGGGAGCACAAAGCAAACAACCAUAUUACAAUGCUGGCGUUGGGGGGGCACAAAACCAACAACUGGAAUAUGCUGUUAACAUUGUGGAAACAGGAAGCCAACAGCUAGAAGACAGCGCUGUUGGAACUGACAAUCAAAACAACAACAACUUAAGUUCACCACCGGAAAUGUUUUCAUCAACAGAUUGUGAUUACAUCAAAAAGCCUUUAGAUCUCCAUCCUGUCAAAGACACUGGCUUGCUUCUCCCGGUUGAACCUUCAAGGCACAGUGCCCAUAAUAAUUUGCCUUCAUACAACAGCAGCACAUGUAAGAACCUCAAAGUACAACCUAGAACUUUCAGAACCAAUCAUAGCUCUUAUAACAGUCCAGGAAAUUAUGGUAAAUCCAAAGAUCAUGACUAUAAAAGUCUUCAAGCCAAACAUACUGCUUGUUACAAAACAAAACCAAUCUACCAAAGACCAUCUAGGCAUAGACCCAAAUCCACAGAACCCAAAAGAGGACACAAAAAGGUUUCAGCUAAGCAACAUAGCUACAGCAGCUCAAGUUGGGUUGAAGAUCCUUCAUCAAAUGUUUCUGCUGCUUUAGACCCUAACAAAAACUCCAAGGAGUCAAGACUGUCCCAAGAUGAUGACUCAGACUGUGCAUGUUUUCAGCAUAUCAAAGGUUCUUCUAGUACAGACUCAUAUUCGAAUUAG